GAAAGUUGACAAGAUUCCUUGAAAUGUCACAAAACCUUCCAUUUUUAUUUUUUCUCUCAGAUUUAUUUCCACCAUUCACUAACUUAAUUAUACACUCUCUUUCACCAACUACUUAACCCUAUUACUUCUCUCAAAUACUACUCCAUUAGCAGCCACCAUUUUUGUUCAUUAUUUCCACUAAACUAAGCUACUAUACACAAUGCUAGAGAAACAAUCCACAAAACGGCAGAUGGAAAAAUCUGGUUUAGAGCAUAAUAGAUCAGUCUGGUUUGUCGUUUUGAUCAUUCUGAUACCUUUCUUCUUCUUCUUUCUUUAUGCUUUUGAUUAUUUAUCUUUAUUUGCUAACAUAUCCAAUCAAAAAUACGAGAAAAAUUCUGAUGAAUCUUGUUCGGGUCGUUAUAUAUAUGUUCACGAUCUUCCUCCACGGUUCAACGAUGAUAUUCUUGAAAAUUGCAGUACCAUUAACAGAUUUGUUAACAUGUGUCCUUUUCUGAAAAACUCAGGUUUUGGUGUUCAGGUUGUUGGAGACUAUCCUGACGGGGUCGAUUUAGGACAGAACUGGUUUGCAACUAAUCAAUUUUCUUUAGAGGUUAUAUUCCGUACUAGAAUGAAUUAUUAUGAUUGUCUGACGAAUGAUUCUUCUUUAGCUUCUGCCAUUUUUGUACCGUAUUAUGGCGGACUCGACGUGGUUCGAUACCUGUGGGAUUAUAAUGCUACAAGAGAUUAUUUAGGUGUUGAUCUUGUCAAUUGGCUAACUCAAAAGCCUGAAUGGAAUAAAAUGUUUGGUAGAGACCAUUUUUUUGUUGCCGGAAGAAUUUCUUGGGAUUUUCGACGCCUGAACGAUCAGAAUGACGGUUGGGGAAGUAAACUCAUGUCGUUACCUGAAUCUAUGAAUAUGACAAUGUUGUCAAUAGAAUCAACUGCGUGGAGUAACGAGUUUUCAAUACCAUAUCCGACUCAUUUCCACCCGUCAAGCGACGCUGAAGUGAUCGAAUGGCAAAACCGAAUGAGAAAGCAGAAGCGGAACUAUUUGUUUAGUUUUGCAGGCGCUCCAAGGCCUGAUCAGAAAGAUUCUAUCCGUGGACAGAUAAUCGAGCAAUGUUUAGCUUCAACAGGGUUAUGCAAGUUGCUCAAUUGCAGUUCGGGGAACACAUGUGAUAAUCCUGUCGAGGUGAUUAAGGUAUUUCAGGAUUCUGUUUUCUGUCUGCAGCCUCCAGGGGAUUCAUACACAAGACGAUCAACUUUCGACUCGAUUGUUGCAGGAUGUAUUCCAGUUUUCUCCCAUCCGGGAUCCGCUUACGCACAAUACGAAUGGUAUUUACCGAAUAACUAUUCUAAAUAUUCCGUGUUCAUACCGGUGGAUUUAGUAAUAAAUGGAAGUGUCAGCAUUAACGAGACUCUGAUCAAGGUUUCUGAUGAUGAAAUUGUGCAAAUGAGAGAAGAGGUCAUAAAGCUGAUACCAAAGAUUAUAUAUGCAAAUCCUAAGUCAAAAUUAGAGAGUACUGAAGAUGCAUUUGACAUUGCAAUUAAAGGAGUUCUUGAAAGAGUUGAAAAAGUGAGAAGCAAGAUUGAUGAGGGAAAGGAUCCAGCCGUUGGAUUUGCAGAACCAAAUUGGAAGCUCAGAUUUUCAAGAAUGGGUCUACAACAAAAUUGGACUCAUUUCUUCACGUAAAUGAAAAUGUUGAAACAGAAAAUGGUAAAAUUAGUACAGUUUUAUAAAUAUAAAUUUUGGAAAGUUAUUUUGAAAUCAUAAAUGCAAAAAUGUAGGACUUAAUAAAUUUUUGUGAAAUUAUAGCUUCUGAAAAGUAAUGUAUAUUAGUGUGGUUAAUUAGAGGUUCUAGCAUUUGCAUAAUAGCAUUUCUUCUGUUCACAAUUCUCUAUGUGAUUAGAUGAUAUAAGUUUUGGUGGAAAUUUUGCAGUCCACCAAUUUAUA